AUGUCCUGGAUUGCACUGUUCGGCUCAGUGGGUAUGGUAUUCACAUAUUUCUUCUCGUACAGCUUAACUUCGCCAGCAAGCCCGAUUAUCGACGUGGAACCGUCAAUGGCCGACACAAUUCUGCACAUACUUAGCUCACCCGUUGCCCUUGCAUACAUCUUAUUCGCGCUGACGGUCUCUUUGUUCCUCGACAUACUCUACAAAGUGUAUGAUUUACUGUGCAACCUUAAACUUCAUUGGCCUUUCAUGUGA